CCCGCACGCAGCCGGCCUCUGCCGCUCUUCUCUGCCGGCGAAGGAGGCUGCCCACCCUCCGCGGCCCAGGAUGCAGUUUCGCCUCUUCUCUUUUGCCUUGAUCAUCCUGAAUUGUAUGGAUUACGGCCACUGCCAAACCGGCCGCUGGAGACGCAGCAAGAGAGCUAGUUAUGGACCAAAUCCAAUUUGCAAAGGCUGUUUGUCUUGUUCAAAGGAUAAUGGGUGCAUCAGAUGCCAGCACAAGUUAUUCUUCUUCCUGCGAAGAGAAGGCAUGAGACAGUAUGGUGAAUGCUUGCAUUCCUGCCCGUCGGGGUACUAUGGACUCCGAACGCCAGAUAUGAACAGAUGUUCAAGAUGCAGAAUAGAAAACUGCGACUCCUGCUUUAGCAGAGACUUUUGUACCAGAUGCAAAACUGGCUUCUACUCACACAGAGGCCGCUGCUUCCGAGGGUGCCCUCCUGGAUUUGCAGCCUUGGAAGAGCUGAUGGAAUGUGUGGAAGGCUGUGAAGUAGGUCAAUGGAGUGAGUGGGGAACUUGCAGCAGAAAUAACAAAACAUGUGGAUUUAAGUGGGGCCUGGAAACAAGAACAAGGCAAAUUGUGAAGAAGCCAGCAAAAGACACGAUACCGUGCCCAACCAUUGCGGAAUCCAGACGGUGUAAAAUGGCCAUGAGGCAUUGUCCAGGAGGGAGAAGACCAACAAAAACAAAGGACAAGAAAAAGAAGAAAAAGAAUUUGAUGGAAAGGGCUCAGAAACAGCACAGCAUCUUUUUAGCCACAGAUAAAACAAGCCAGUAAAGACUAUUUUCUUGAAAUCUCUUUUUUUUUUUUGCAAAGUGCACAAAAGCUGCUAAAUGCUCCUGCUCAUGGACACACUGCGAGUCAGCUGCUUUGACAGUAUUGGUGGCAAAUAACUUGUGGGAAAAAACCAAAAUAAACCACAAGCUUGUUUGUUUUAUUUAUAUAUUUUUUAUUUUAUUUUAUUUUCUUCCUUCUCAUUUUUGACUUGAAGACUUCAAGGUCAGGAGUGCACUGAGUUGAAUCAGUGGCAGUAGUGCUGAAGUGUGUUAAAGAUUUUGUCCUGGCAAAGAUAGCGACAUGGAAGGGAAGCAGGAAAGAAACCUACGUAUCACCCUUGAGCGGACCUGUGCAUAUGGAAAUAACAAUAGAAAAGAAAGUCUUGAAGGUGUAGGUACUGUUGCAUUUAUGGCCUUUGUCUCCUGUAUUUGUUCAUUUGAAGAGCACAUGGAUUGGACUUACCUACUUAGCAUUGAUAUGCCUUGUUCAGGGCACCUGCUGCAUUGAAACAGUUGUAUAAUAAAACUGCUUUAAGGUAAUACACCGCAGGAGUUACUGCUCAGACUCACAGAAGCACAACAGAACCUUUGUGUACAUAUUACUCUGUCUGCAUAUAAAUCAACAUAUUUACUGUACAUCUAUGCAUUUUUAUGUAUAAUACUUCAUACAUGUUUAAAGUUAUGUCCUGUUGGUUCUAGUAAUAUACUUUGAAA